AUGGGAACUUCAUUACUUGCUAUUCUUCUUGUAAGUGACUCUAGCCGUGGUCACCAUUUUGUAUUUCACUAUCCCACCAACCCUAAGCGAGGUGAGGAAUAUCAAUCGCCUCCUCCAGGAAAUGAAGGUUGCGGUGAUAAUGAAAAUAUUGAUUAUACCGAAAUUGACAUUAUCAAUUGGUCGAUUAGAAAUGGCGAUGAUUUUGAUCAACGUUCGAGGAUGGAAGAGGAUAUGGUUGAGGAUGUUUCAAAAAGUAAUCAUACUUCGUCGGAUGCUCUUGACUCGGGUGAAAUUAAGUCAAAUAAACAAACAUUAUUUGGAUUCGAGACAGAGUUUCUGGCUCAAAUUCUCUCACCAAAAUCGAAAAGUUUGAAAAAAUUUCAAUUGACUAUUGAUAAUUUGACGUUUGUUGGCCAACCGGUUUUUUGGCCUAGAGAUAUCCAAGAAAAUAACUGCGAUAAUGUUCCAAAAUUAGGUGAUAACAUAAAUAGUCCGACCUUAAACGAUAACGAAAAAAUUCAACGGCAAUUCUCUCAGAAUAUAGAUUCUGAAUCCAGUGAUAACCAUGGUCAUAAUAAUCACGAUAUUACGUCAGAUGACAGCAAUGAUUUUUUUUCACAGACACAACAACAACAUCGACAUUUUACCACUUUUCAUCUAAUAUUUGUCUUGGAGCCACCCGAAUUGGAACUUAAUCGCCAAGUUGAUAAUAUUUAUAAACAUGUGAUCACAAAACUAACGGCCGCAUUACGCUAUGAACAAAAGAGAUGUGAUUAUGUGCGACUUGAAGCAGAAAAAAUCAUUGCGAUACGAGAUGAAGGCAUCAUCAAAAAGAUGUCAUUUAACGAAAUAACGGAUAGCAUUAUAAAACAAAGUUCACUCGCGAAAGCUAUCGCCCAAGUAUAUCAUGAUAUAUCCAACGAUUCGAUUGCUCAUGUUAUUAUCAACGAUUAUAUUGAUUUGUCGUUACAAAUACCUCCGCUCGCUCCUUCAAUGUUUUUCUCUCCACUGGACAAUGCUCGUGAUGGUUACGAAUACGCGCAUUUCCCUGUCAUUGCACCAUAUCAUACGCUACUUUUACUCGAAGAUCCGGAAGAAAUUUUAAAAAGCAUGCCAUUAGAUUCGAAUCCAACACUCGUUCAGUUGGUACAAAUCUUAACACCUACCCAACGAUUGGCAGAAUUAUGUACCGUACUUGAUUGCUCUCUGGCGCAGAUCUAUCGAAUUGCUGCUCAUUUGAUAUACUGGCGAAAGGCAAAAUUGAUUGAUGUAAUCAGCGUGAGGAAUGUUUAUGUGGUUAGUCCAACAGCGGAUCUUAAUUCCUUAUCGGCAAUUAAUGCAGACUUUAGUCACAUAAUUGAGCGUGAUAUUUUUGGAUUUCUCGCGUCACUUUCCACCCCGAAACCAUACGCCAGUAUAAUUCCAUCUAAAGAUCUUCGUACCAUGUAUUUAGAAGCCAUCACUUAUUUGUUACGUAAAGACUUGGUAAUCCAGCUACACGCAUACUUUUUAGUCAUGAUUCCACAACAUAUCAAGAUGGGAUUAACGUUAGAGCAGUAUCAAGAAAAGAUGCGGAAUGCUACAGAUAAUAAUGCUAUUAUAUCCCCACCGGGACAAGCCACUGAAAUGGAGCGUGAAUGGCUGAAGAAAAAAACUGUCAAUCAACAGAAAGAGAACGUGGCAUUGUUUGAGAGACUUAUAAAGUAUUUCAAUGGCAAAUAUCAUAUUGAAGAGAUUCUUUUUCGUGAAAAUAUUUCUCGACGAGAUCUCAAAAUGGUGUUAGGAUUAUUUGAUGAACUAGUAACGAAUUGCCAGAAACCUUCUAAAAAAGGAUUGGUAGUAGACCAUAUUGUAGAUCAUGAGGGAAUAAGUGAUAGUAGCGGAUGUGAUUUCUUUGUUGGCGUAAUGGAUGUUCAAGAAAACAACGGAAAGAUAGUUCUAACAGAUCACUCAGAGACAUCGACGCGUGGUAACCGCACGCAAGCCCCCACCACUACUCCCUUAAGCCUAGGGGAAUGCUUGAGCGAAAUACGCCUAAGGACGUAUAUGCCAACCAAGGAACCGCCCACCGACGCGUCCCAAAACAUGUUCACCGACGCGUCCCAAAACAUUACGUCUUUUGAAAAGACCAUUCCUUAUCUCUCGAAAUUUAAAGACUUCGUCGCUCCGUCAGUCCUCUGCCUUGCUGAGAAUCCUCAAAUUUCUUUCAGUCAAGUGAAGAAUGAGUACCUGGGAGGACUUUACAGUCUUUUAAAGGACAAAGCUAUUCCUGAGAGCGUUCGAGAACUCUCCACAAAGCUGCCUAGAUCGUCCGGCGAGAUUGCUUGCUGGGCAUCGGCUCGCCGUCGCAAUAUUGGUCGAUCGGUAAUUCUGCGCGCCCGUGUGGGCCAGAAGUGUGAUCUCCGCGGUACCUUGAAAAACAGCAUCAACAACUUCGAAGCCAUUAUCGGCCUUCGUAGCGGUGGCCUUCCAGAAGCCAACCGGCGAAAGAUCAUGGAAGACCACAUAGAUUUGGCGGUGACGCUGCGGGAUGUGAUUUUCCAAUUUUUCACUUCAAAUUCUGGCGCUUCGGAUGACGCCCUGCAUAAGACAUGCGUAAUCGGCAUGCAAUCAUGGGGCAAAUAUCUUUUUGUGUUAAAAGGAUGGGUCCAUGAAAUAUACGGCAUGGAUUGCAAGGCAACGAACGUGAUGCGUUUCGGGAAACUUCGUCGAACGAAACUCCCGAAUACCAUUGCUACAUUGUCCUGCCUGGAGGAGUACUUUAUUAAUAUGUCUGAUUUGAAGGAGACAUUGAAGGUCAUGUGCGAGCAUACGAACGAAGUUUCCCUAGCUCAUUCCCGCGCACAUCGAAAGAGAAGAGGUAGUUUGACGGAAGACAUAGCACCCCAGCUUGGAGGAUGCUUUGGAUCGCUUCCGCAAACACCGCCCAAGAAGGUGCACAUGUCUAACAAGGAAAAUUAA